GCCCCCUUGGGGGAAGGUUUAUAAAGGGAGGUCAGGCCCACCGGGGGCAGACCGCUGGGAAGAGCUCUUCUGGGAAGCAUGGCGAGAUGUCCGCGUAGGAAGCGGGGGCGGCGUAGAGCUUCUGAAACCGCGGAAUCAACAACACUCCUGAGAAGGAAGAGAAGGGCGAUCUCACCACCUAAAUUUAAGGGCAAGGUAACCCAGAAACCAACCAGGGGCAAGAGUGCCGAUACACUGAAGAAAAUUACUCCUCACAUGGCCCAAGUUGAGCUGGGGACCCAAAGAGAGGGGAGGCAGCGGCAGGGUUUGCCCCGUGGCGCCAAAAGGAUGAGAAAAUGCGGGAAAGUGCGCCAGAGCAGGAGCGUGUCCAUGGGGGCACACGGAAGUUGCCAGAGAGCCCCCCACAUUCCCCUCCCAAAACCCGAGUCCAAGACAGGCCGGAAGCGAAAGCCAGCGAAGCAGGGCCGGAAGAGGUCCCGCCAACACCAGGGACCCUCAGGCUCGGGGAAGAAAAUCGCAGAGUCUCGUGGCCUGAGAGGCCGCAAGCCGCCCUACAAUCUGAAAAGUGGCUCGCGGUCUGGACACCGCAGUUGAGCGGCUCUGGUAGUCCCAAGAUUUUACACCAACACUUUCAAGUGAUGGUACAAUAACACCUACAUCUGCGAACCUC